AAAUUUAUAUUGCACACCACGUUAAACCGCAGGUCAUUUAGUUAACUGACGCUGUUGUGAUAUGUUAUAUUAAGUUAAGUGUAUUCGAGAGUUAUUUAUUAAAAUGGUGUUUUUCGUGAUAUUUCUGAUAGUACUAGUAUGCCACGAGUCGCUCUGUUUCCAAAAUUGGAAUCCCAGAGGCAACUCAGGUAGCAACCACGACUUCGACUCAGAUUAUAAUAAUAGAGUGGUCUUCCCGGACACUGACGAUGAUUAUUAUCCAACUUGGUGGCAGCAGAGUACAACCCAUAGACCAAAUCCCACAAAUAACUUUCAGUCUUGCGUGUCCUCGUGUCCUGUGACGCCUUACAACCCUGUUUGUGGCACCGAUGAUGUCACGUAUCAGAAUAUUGAUCGUCUUAAAUGUGUUGCUCGGUGCGGACAUAACAUUCAAGUCAAGAAGUGGUCAGCGUGUGAAACAAAAGAAGAUUCUAGAAGCAACCUCCAAAGUUGUAUCAAAAAAUGUCCCGCGACCCCAGAGUAUUUGCCCGUGUGUGGGACCGACAAUGUGACCUACAAUAAUAUAGGGAGACUGUACUGUGCACAAAACUGUGGCGCCCGUAAGUAGAUAUGAAAAAUCUUUAAG